AUGGCCACUUUCGUGAUGGACAGUGUCUGUUUGAUGCUCCGAGAGCUCAAGAAUUCAGCUCAACUCCGAUGGACUCUCUUUUCCGUCGUCGCCAAUUUGUCCCUGACUCUGUCCAUUUGGAUCGGAGUCUACCACAUGCAAGUUAAUCUUGAGCACAGUAAAUGGUACUUCUUGGACUCUUCCUACGGCUCGACCACCGGAAAUGCGAUUCUGGACGGAUUGGUAAGGGGAAACUGAGAAGAACGGAAGAGAAAAGAGAGUUCAGAUAAACGGAGUGGGCACCAUCCUAGUGCUCGGCUCCGUCUCGUUCGUCAUGCUCGCCUUCGUGCUCUACGACUUCCAACGGAUCGUCAAGGGAUGGCUCAUCUUCUCGUGCGUUCUCAUCCUUUUCGGUGUUUCCGGACAGACUCUCUUCGACUUGUUCUCCCAAAUAUUCGACCAAGACACUGAAAACGGCUUCUUCUUCACAGUCGUUCUCACUGUCAUUCCCACCCUCAUUUACGGACUUGCUGGUGUUGUUGUCAGUGAUUUCCCACUUAUUCACAGUUGAUCGGACCCGAUUUCAGGCCUUCUUGGCGAACGGAUCUCUCGCUCUCCAUCAGUUUUUCGUCGUCUCCAACUGCUCGCUCAUUGCUGUCUAUUAUCUGCGAACAUUCCCCGGGCACACCACGUGGUUCGUACUCUGGACUGUUCUUUUCUGGGGUAACAUCUUCCUUCUUCCGCUAAAUCGUUCAAUUCCCUUUUUCUCCAGAUUUGUUCGCUGUAUUGGCGCCAAUGGGCCCACUCAAAAAAGUCCAGGAAAAGGCUUCGAACUACAGUAACAAUGUAAGUUUUCCAUUUGAAUUCUGCAAAUAUUGAGUUUUUUUCCCUCAGAUUCUCAAAUUCUUGAUGUUCGCCGCUGAUGAGAAACGAGAAGCGGCUGGCGGCGACGAACAGCUGAACGAGGAGAGAACGAUCAGAAGAGACGUGAAGCAAUUGAUUCAGUUGUAUUCGAAGCGGGAAGCACAGGACGACGAGUUCCUUCAGAAGAUACGACAGCGACGGAAGGCAGUCAAUCCGGACUCCGGACUGACUGACAAAAGUCCUAUUGGUGAGACGGUGAAAUGGGGUUUGAGAACGAAAAGGAAUGUUCCAGUCGAAUCGGAGCCAUCUCCAGUGGAGGCUAAAGAAAUUAAAGAAAAGGACAGUGAUCUGGAGGAAAGCGACGACGACGAGGCGAGCUCGGAUUCUUCCACGUCAACCAGCUCUUCUGAAUAUUCUUCAGCUUCGGAGUCUGGAGUGAGCACGGCGAACGAAUGUGAUGAAGAGGAAUGGAAAGAAUUGAAGAGAACCGUAGAGCCUCAAAUGGAAGAAAAGACUCUCACUGCCGCGGAUGCUCUCAACGAUGGAGGUGAGAGAUGACACUUUUGCAAGAAACCUCUAAUUUUCGAUUCAGAAACCGUUCGACUUGGUUUUGGAGAUUUUGUAUUCUACAGUCUUCUCAUCGGUCAAGCUGCUGCGGGAGGGUGUCCGAUCGCCGUCUUUUCUGCAGCUAUUGGAAUCCUUCUUGGACUUUUGGCCACUCUUACAAUGCUCUCAACCUGUAUGCGUCUUUUUCUUUAAUUCGCACAAACGAAUUUAUCAACUCUUCAGCGGAAUCUACCACGCCAGCUCUUCCAGUGCCUGUUAUUUGCGGAACUUUCAGUUACUUCGGCUCAAAGUUUAUCUGGAACUAUUUUCUCGGCUGAUGUUUCUGGCCUAAUUAUAUGUACUGAUUACUUGGCUGAAGUUAUUGUUUUGAAAUUUUCGGUGUUUUUAAGCAUAAAAUGUUCCGGAAACAGUUCGGUGCUAUUUUUAUGUGGUAAAAAAUGACUGAAAUCUGCAAAAUUUGCGCAGUCGAAAAAUUUUGCGAAAGUUAAUUGAAGGGACGAACAAAAUGCUCAUAUGAAUACACAAAAACAGUUCUAUUGUGUCGCGGUUCGUGUGUGUCGUGGUUCUAUUCUGCCCAGUUCUAUUAUGUCGCAGUUCUAUUUUUUCGCUGUUUUAUUCUGCCCAGUUCUAUUUUGUUGGACCGUCAUUAAACUUUAGUACUAAUUAGUGAUUAAAAUGAGAGAAAACGAGAGAAAAAGAGACGCAGACGCGGAAUAGCGGAGUGUCGUAACAGACUUUGUUUACUAAACAUAAGAGAGUGCACCUUUUUUCUUGCAAGCUUUCGUAGUUUACACCCGAUUUAAUAUGUUGUCUGUUUUUAUGUCCGUUGAAAUGUUGUUUUGCUUUCUUCAGAUUAUAUGCAGUACGAUUGUGAUGUGUCCGUCAUCAUUCCAGCCAAAAACGCGGGGAAAUUUCUGCAACAAACACUGAAUGCAAUUCUCGAGCAGACUGUGCGCACAACUGCCAAAAUAGAGGUUCGUCUGGCUUCUUCUCGCGUUCUCCUCAUUUCGAAAUUUUAGAUCUGUCUAGCUGAUGACAACAGCAUAGAUAAUACGGUGUCUAUAAUGGAAAAUGCGCGGCUAGAAUUCGAGGAAUUGGGAAUGAAAGUCAUCUUGUCGCAUGUUACGCAACCAGGAGGUUAUUAAUCUGUUCAUAUUUCUCGCAGCAAAUUUUGUUUUAGGUGUCGGUGCAGCAAAAGAUUGUGCCGUGAGGUCCUCAACCGGCAGGUUCCUCUGCUUCAAUGAUGCGGACGACGUGAGUGCUCCUGAGAGAAUUGAGAAACAACUGCAGUUGGUAAGAAGUCUCUCGAAAUCGGACGACGACCUUAUCUUUGUAGGUAAUUGUUCUGGGGUUGCAGAAAGCACAUUGUCUCGUUUCAGGCGGUCAAUUCAACAGACUACCCGAAGGAUCAACUGUGAGAUACACGAAAUGGGCGAACUCGAUAACCGGGGAUGAAAUCAGAAGACAGGUCUACACAUCGCACGGACCUACUCUGGUAGCCCCCACGUGGUUUAUCAGCCGUGCCCUCUUCGAUAAAGUUGGCGGAUUCCGAACGGAUGUUGCCAAUGGCUUCCCGGAAGAUCUUGACUUUUUCUACAAAUGUCUUGAUAUCUCAAAAUGCGUUUUUGACAAGGUACUCUAACGUUUUGUACGAAAAUCUCCAACAAUCCGUUAUCAGGUACAAACAGACGUCGUAAUGUACCGAUACCAUCAAAACUGUGCAUCUCACAGCGUCAACGAGCAAACAAUUUGGGAGUUUCGUUUGGAAAGACUCAAAAAGGAUUACCUAUCCAAAUGGGACAAUUUCACUAUCUGGAGUGCAGGGAAGCAAGGAAAACGAUUUUUCAAGUGAGUCUCCUGCUCCCUUUGAGAGUUCUCUAAUCCAAUCUUCAGAAGCCUCACGGAAGAAGAAAAAUCAAAAGUCAGCGAAUUUUGCGAUAUCGACGACGCGAAGAUCGGUAGAGGAAUCCACGAGGAAUUCGACGAAAAGUCGCGCAGAGUAACCCACAAAGUGCCGAUCGUGAACAUUGAGUGCGUUUCUUUCUCUCUCUCUCAUUCCCUUUUCCUUAUUCUUUCUUUUUCUGCAGAGACGCAAAGCCUCCGUUGGUCGUUUGCGUCAAAUUAGACUUGACAAACGGCGACUUGGAGCGAAUAAUCGAGCGGAAAGGCUGGAGAGAGCACGUCGACCUGGUUUACUUUGGUUGACUGCCAUUUGAUACUCUCUACAAUAAACAAUUGACUCUUCUAGUUUAUUUUUGAUUGUUUCUCUCAUUGUUUGGUUCCAGAUAUUCCAAUGUACUUUGAUGUUGCAUGCGUGUCGGGUCAGCGCCCUCCGUUAUCAUUUCUCUAACAGAACAUGAGAAGAGAUUACUCGGCGCGUCUGUGUCUCGUCUCCCCGCAUGCUCUUUCCUUUUCUCCUUUCGUCUGCUCGCUUUUUGCCGCCGGACGGGGUCUCUCCGUCGCCAGUUCCCUAAUAGACGCACCGCGCUCUUCUAUUCGGGCUCCGAUAAUGUAUUUCUUUUUAUUGCACGGCCCUCACCUCUCCAACCUUCCAAUCGAUUGUUUACAGAUGGUGUUCCAGCCGAUCCACGAGGAGGAGCAAGUCUUUGUCGAUUACGCCAUCGAAUUGGUGAAAAAGGCUGGCACGGUAAGUUGUUUCAUCUUUUUCGCGUCGAUUUCGUAAUUUUUCAGGUCGUUCGGACUGCGUUCGAAUCCGCUGAAAGUAAGGUAGACACCAAGUCUUCCAACACUGACUUGGUGACCGAAACUGAUCAGGCUGUUGAAAAGCUUCUCAUCGCAGGCCUUUCGGAGAAGUUCACGGGGCACCGGUGAGUGUGACGCAGUCGAAACGGGCAUCAGCGCUCAAACGACAUCAUUUCUGUUUGCUUCCCACGACACGUUCGCUCGUUCCCAUCGUCAUGACGACCGACUCACCAUUUAUUGUAGCCCCGUCCCUCUUUCACUUCGCACUUUGCAGAUUCAUCGGCGAAGAGUCCGUGGCUGGCGGAGCGAAAAUCGAAUGGACGGAUGCUCCAACAUGGAUUAUCGAUCCGAUCGACGGAACCACCAAUUUUGUCCAUAGGUGAGAACAAAAACUAAUUUUCUUGUGCACUAUUCUCUCUUCAGAAUUCCGAUGAUUGCCAUCUGCGUCGGUCUCGCCAUAAAAAAGCAACUUCGUGCCGGAAUCGUCUACAAUCCGAUUACUCGCGAGCUUUACUUGGGACAAGUCGGAAAGGGGGCCUUCAAAAAUGGAUUCCCGAUCAGAGCGUCCAAGAACCAACGUAAGUCUUCCGAUCCGAUUCCCAGCACCCUGCUCGUUUUGAAGUGCUUUCCAAAGCUGUGCUCUGCCAAUCGCUCGGCCUGCACAACCGCGUGCAGUUCGGUGAUCGCUGGCUCGACAUAGCACAAUCGAACAUGCGAAAUCAAGUGAUGGCCGGUGUGCGAGGGUUUGUUCACAAAAUCAUUUCGACGAAUGCGUUAUUCUGGCACACUUUCCGCACUGGAUUUUGCACGUCUUCACUUUUUCCUUUCUCUUCUCUGCCCGACAGUUGCAAAUUCCAGUCAUUGCGGAAAGUGUGCUCGUCCUCCAACUCGGCUCCAUUCGUUCUCCCGUCAUGCAAAACUCGUUCGUUGAGUCUUACAAGACGGUUAUGUUCGAGAAACAAUGCCACGGGUAACAUUUGAGAAACGUUUUUCGCUGAAAUCGAAUCGCCUGCCUGACAAAAAAAACUCCCAUUCAGACAUCGCUCGUUCGGAUCCGCUGCCAUAAAUAUGGUGAUGGUGGCGCAGGGAAGCUGCGACGGAUACGUCGAGUACGGAAUCCACGCUUGGGAUGUGGCUGCACCAGCUGUCAUCGUCACUGAGGCCGGAGGCGUCGUCACCGAUCCGACCGGCGCACCGUUCGACGUCAUGUCGAGAAAGGUGCUGUGCGCCGGAACUGCCGAGCUCGGACGUGAUCUGUCUGCCUGUCUGACCCACGUCGACUUCGAGCCAGAAGCCUAA